AUGCUUCGAUCCCCAUCGUACGGCGACGCUCUGGACCGCCUGGGCGGUCUCGAAUCUACAGAAGUCGCAAGGAGCGACACCGUGAGCAACGCGAUCCGACGGGUGGCGCAAGAGCAUCAAGACAGCGCAUCGCAAGCUUCGACUGUGGCACUGACUCCCGACGAGAGCACCGCGAGCACUGCGAGCACCGGUAGCACACCCACCUCGAGCACUACAGGCAAUGCCGGUACGACGGGCGACACUGGUUCGAGCACCGUGCAAUGA